AUGCAGAUUGCUUCUGCAAACAUUGGUGAAAGAAUGGGUCGCUCUCAGGAGCUCAGUGAAUUCAAGCGUGGUCCUGUGAUAGGUUGCCACCUGUGCAAUAAGUCCAUCCGUGACAUUUCUUUGCUAAUAAAUAUUCCACAGUCAACUGUUAGUGGGAUUAUAACAAAGUGGAAGCAACUGGGAACAACAGCAACUCAGCCACCAAGUGAGCGGGGUCAGUGCAUGCUGAAGUGCACAGUGCACAGAAGUCACUAACUGCUUGAAAAAUCAAUAGCUAAAGACCUCCAAACUUCAUGUGGCCUUCAGAUUAGCACAACCGUGUGUAGAGAGCUUCAUGGAAAGGGUUUCCAUGGC